AGGACAAGGAGCAGAAGGCGAGCUUGAGUGUCCGGUCACCAGUGCGUUGACAGAGUUCGAAGCGGUGGUUGGUUCCAGCAAGUGAGUGCAGGAGUUCGGUUGAGCAGCAGCAGUGUUGAUCGGCUUGAGUUGAGUGCAGCAGCGAGCAGAAUUAACGACGAAGUUUCCUCUUCAAAGCAUCAUUCACCAUCCUCGGUCUCUGAGUCUGAUCUAUCAUCCUCGGCGACAACCGCCCGAGGCAUAGAGCAACCCACUGACAAGAACCUCGAACCUGGCACAAGAACCGCUAGUGCAGAGCCACAUCGCUCUGCAUUGGAUUGGUUGAUCGGGUCAUCAGCAGAGAACCCGAGUACCAAGUACCUAUCACAUUGGGCCGGAACGCGAAGAGGCUCGGAGGAAGAGGAAAGGUCUCAACGGUCAAAAUCUCUCUUCAGAUUGAAAAGGGAACCGAACCAAAAGCAAUCAGAACCCUUUCGCCUGCGUGUUGCGCGCGCCGCUCUGCUCUGACGGCGGCACAAGCAGUUGUUGUCAAGAAGUACUUCCCUAGAAGCCGACUAGUAGCAGACUCCCUUCCCCUCGCUGUGGUUCGGUCGUUGCACUACGCUGUCGCUCCGUGCUUGCUCGGUGUGCUGGGUCCUGGUUUCGUUCCGACGGCGGUGUGAGACUUGGCACGCUCCAAAGCUCCGACAGCAAGAAAGAAGGCGGAAAGGCGGCCAGAAAAAGGAGUCGUGAGUGGUUCCAGAUGGAGACACCAGCCGCCUCCACCACCGCCCUUGUGGCUGCUGCCCCUGCUGGCGCGGCUGCGGCGGCGGGGGGCCCUGGAAUACGUCGAGCAACAACAACUGGCACGAUACCAGCCACGCCCUCCCACCAAGUCUCCUUCGAGCAUGACAACGCCACUGCCAGGCCGGGAGCUCGCGAGAUUAGGAAAGGAAGAUCCGAGCCCUACGGACGGGAGGGCGAUCGCCGUUCUGCGGGAGCAAACAAAAAAGAAGCUCGGCGAAGAGAAGCCCGUGUUCAUGAACGACAUUCGCCUCGGCCCCAAGGACGAAUCGUUCGAGCACAUCCAAGUUCACGAGGCUCGCUCGAGAGUGCGUGUGGGACGCCUUAAGUACGGUCGGAACGUUAAGGCCGACGAGAAAGCGGACGACGAAAAGCUCAACCUAACCUUCAGGAUGAUGCUCGGAGUGCGGGUGGCGGUGGGGCGACAAGCCAGCCCUUUCUCGUCAGAGGGACUUACCGCGGACGACUACACGCAGCAAGACAAGUACGUCUUUCCUCCGGCGGGGGCGGGGGGGCGCCUGCCCACGCCUUCCCACAAGCUCAACAGGACCUUCAAGUUCCGAGACUACGCGCCGAAGGUCUUCAAGAACCUGCGGGGUCUCUUUGGCAUCGAUGAGGCAUUGUACAUGAACUCCGUCGCCGGUGACUACGACUACUUGGAACUCAUCACCAACUCCAAGUCUGGCAGCUUCUUCUUCUACUCCCACGAUCAGAAGUACAUCAUCAAGAACAUGAAGCGAGCGGAGGCGAAGUUCUUCCGGAGCAUCCUGCCCCAGUACUACGAGCACCACCGCACCCACCCUGACUCGGUGCUGAUCCGGUUCUGCGGCAUGUACCUCGUGAAGAAGGGGCACAGGAAGAUACCCUUCAUCGUCAUGAAGUGCAUUGACGGCACUGCCCAGAUGAAGAUCCACAAGAAGUACGACCUCAAGGGCUCCAAAGUCCACCGGACCGCAAAGGAGGGAGAGAAGGUCUUGAAGGACAACAACUUGAGAGAAGCAAAGACCAAGUUCCGGCUUGGCUCGCAGAGGGACGCCUUCCUCAAGGUGGUACGGUCGGAUGCGGAGUUCUUGCGCGACGUCAAUGUGAUGGACUACUCCAUGUUCGUCUCCGUCCACGAAGCCUCCCGCCCACCGGAGAGAACCAUUCAACGUGGCUACACGGAGUUCACUCGGCGGCCGGAGCGAACCGUUCGUCGCGGCUACACGGAGUUCUUCACGUUUGCCGACGAAGCGUCCGAUGGCCCCAAGUCGGCGGUGAAACCGAUACCGUCCCGGAGGGGCGAGGCGUUCAGGGCGGCUGCUGCGGACACGGACGGGGACGGCGCGUCGACGGUAGGAACCGGGACGACCAAGCCAUCGGCGGGCUAUUCGGGCGCGAUCCGGUUCAGGCCAGAUGGUGGGAUCGAUUCGGAAAGUGACAGCGGCCCCAAAGAGAUCUACUGGCUGGGCAUCAUUGACGUUUUACAGGUGUACACCAACAUGAAGCACGCGGAGACGUGGUACAAGGCGAUCGGCAAGGCUAAGAACGAGCUCAGCUGCGUGGACCCGGUGCUCUACUGCGAGCGCUUCAUUGGCUUCAUGGAAGAGAGCACCAGUUAGAGAAGAUGCCUUGACAGAAUUCUUGGCGCACCACCGUUGUGCGUCACCGCCAUCUUCCCGGGGGCGGGCGAAUUUCCGAAGGGCCCACGUUAUUAGCAAUAGUAUGAGUUCGAGGUUGAAAUACACCUUUGCGGACGGCUCUCGACAUGUUUUUGUGUUUGUUUUCGGUCGUCAUCGAGUCGGGAAUGGCAUCGAUGACGAGGCACGAAUCCCGCUGUAUUUUAUCCCCGCCAGCGAAGGUGUUGCGGCAGACAUCAAGUUUUGAUGCCGGGCUCUGCUGUUAUUCAGCGAUGCUUUUGCGGCGGCGGCAAGUGCACUAGCACGUUAUUUUUUGGCCGUAUCUGCUAGGUAUCCAGCUUAUUUGUUUGGCCGUAUUUGCUUACGAAGUACUAUUUUUGGAUCUCUUUUUCCUUCAUUAGACCUGUUCUGGUCUUCUCUGUCAGUGAAGAAUGCGUCUUCUCUGUUCAUGAAGAAUGGCACGCCACUCUGCAGGGGUAACCAACAUGGGGCAGAGUGUUGCCACAGGCGCGCUUUCCGUUUGACGAUUAAACUAUGUUGACGGCGGGGUAUUUGUUGUUGGAUGCAUCCGGAAGUGGUUGGUGAUUGUUGUUGAAUUUGGGUCGCAUGUUUUUUUUUUCGUUUGUCUCCCAUCAUUUGGAUUCUGUCGUCUGCCCCUCUAGCCCCUAUCC